UAAAAAUAUAAAUAAUGUCAAACUUAUCCCAUAGCAGUGAAUCAUCAAGAAGUUCUUCUUAAAGGAGAAAUAACAAACGACCAGUAAGAGAGAAGAAAAAGAAAAAUAAUUCAGAAGAUUACGAUAGUCAAAUGGACGAUGAUGAUUUAUCAUAAUAUGAUGGUAAGGAAUAUUUUGAUUAGAGGCACUAAAUUAAAAAAUAAGUAACAACCAAUAUUGGGACCAAAUAGAUUCAAUAGAAGAGAAGCAAAACUUAGAAAACCCACGUCUACUUAGACUCCAGCUACUGCUACAUUUUUAUAUAAACCUGGCGCUGAACUACCAAAUUUAUCUAAUUACAUUAACUCUAUUAUUGAUAUUAAAAUAGCAUGUGAAUAUGUUAAUAAAAACAAUCCUGCAUUAUAAUUACGUUAAAUAUGGGGUUCUAAUGGUGCUUAUGCUAGUCAUAGUGAUGCUGUUUGUAUUGGAAUUCAUGCUGGAUUAUUAGCAUUAGGUGAUUUAAAAUUAACUAGUGCUUUUUAUUAAGGAGUUAGUUUAUCUUGUAAAGUAAUUAAAGGAAAAAAAUCAUUAAAUGGAUAAAUGAAAGUUCCAUUACUCUCUAGAUCAUUAAAAACACCUUGUGCUCAUUGUUUAAAACCAGAAAAAGUUACAUGGUUACCAUAAUUAGGAUCACCAGAAUAAUUAAUUAGUUGGGCUAAGAAAAUGUCAUUGCCAUCAAAUAAAAGAUUAACAAAAAGAAGUCAUUCUACUGUUUAUUUACAUGAACCUCCAUAAGUCUCAUAUCCAGAAAAUUUAUUAGUUAAUAAUUUACCUCCAUUAAAUGAAGGUUGGAUUGUAUGGGAUAUGUGUAAUGAACCAAGUUAAAAAUAUAAUUUACUUACUUUUAUGGAUAGAUAAACAGCAUUAGGUUUACCUAGUAGAACAUCCUAUAAAUUAAAAACUCAUUGUUUAUAUAUUGAAACACAUAAUAAAAAGUAAUUUAAUUCUUAUAUUAGUAAGAUAUGAAAUUUCUAUGGAAUCUACUAAAAUUGCUGAAGAAGUAUUUUUAGAUUCUCAUGUAUUCACUAUUUAAGAAGUAUUAUAUCCAUAACAAUCAGACAUAGAAAUGCUCUAAAAAUUUGGUGUAUGUUCUUAUUUAUUUAUAUAGGUUCCAUUACCAAAAGAGUAGAAGUGUGUAAUCUUUGAGAAACUUAAAUGGGAUAACUUUGAAUGGGGUAAUGAUAAUGUGGUUAUCAAUGGAUCUUUCGAAAUUCAAGGACUUAAAAGCUUUAAAUUUGUACCUGUAACAAAACAUUAACAUUAUGAAAAAUGAUAUUAAUACAAAC